AUGGACAGAAAGAAAAUCCAAGCACUGUCUUAGUGCAGAAUCAGACCAGAUGGACCAGUCCUAAGAACCCCACUUCAGCCUCCUGCUGACUCAAAUUUCACCCACUGGUGAGACCAGCAGUCAAAUAUGCAGUGCAACUACCUCCACCUAAUCUUUGUGUGCCUCUGUCUCUUAACUCAAAGAAUUCAUAUCCUGGGGAAUCAGUUGGGCACAGAGUCUAACAGGAAUGACAAACUCUCACUCCCUGGAUUUGAGAACCUCACAGCAGGAUACAACAAGUUUCUCAGACCCAAUUUUGGAGGGGAACCUGUUCAAAUUGCUCUGACCCUUGACAUUGCAAGUAUUUCUAGUAUUUCAGAAAGUAACAUGGAUUACACAGCAACAAUAUACCUUAGGCAGCGUUGGACAGAUCAGCGGCUAGUGUUCAAUGGCAACAAGAGUUUCACCCUGGAUGCUCGUCUCGUGGAGUUCCUCUGGGUCCCUGACACCUAUAUUGUGGAGUCUAAAAAGUCUUUUCUGCAUGAAGUCACCGUGGGGAACAGACUGAUCCGGUUAUUCUCCAAUGGAACCGUCUUGUAUGCUCUAAGAAUCACUACCACUGUUGCGUGUAACAUGGAUCUGUCAAAAUAUCCCAUGGACACCCAGAUGUGCAAGCUGCAGCUGGAAAGCUGGGGUUAUGAUGGAAAUGAUGUGGAGUUUACAUGGUUGAGAGGGAAUGACUCAGUCCGCGGCCUGGAAAACUUGCGACUGGCUCAGUACACCGUGCAGAGAUAUUUCACCUUGGUCACAAGAUCCCAGCAGGAAACAGGUAACUACACAAGACUGAUCUUACAGUUUGAGCUUCGGAGAAAUGUUCUGUAUUUCAUUUUGGAAACCUAUGUCCCAUCCACUUUCCUGGUGGUGUUAUCCUGGGUAUCAUUCUGGAUUUCUCUUGAUUCUGUUCCUGCAAGAACUUGCAUCGGUGUCACCACGGUACUGUCAAUGACAACCCUGAUGAUUGGCUCCAGGACAUCUCUUCCCAAUACCAACUGUUUCAUAAAGGCUAUUGAUGUGUACCUGGGCAUCUGUUUCAGCUUUGUUUUCGGUGCCCUGCUGGAGUAUGCCAUUGCUCAUUACAGUUCCUUGCAGCAGCUGGCAGCCAAAGACAUGGGAACUUCUAAAGAAGUGGAAGAGGUCAAUAUUACUAACAUUAUCAACAGCUCCAUCUCCAGUUUUAAAAGGAAGAUCAGCUUUGCCAGUAUCGAACUCUCCAACGAUAAUGUCAACUACAGUGACUUGACGAUGAAGACAAGUGACAAAUUCAAGUUCGUUUUCAGAGACAAAAUGGGCAGGAUUGUUGAUUAUUUCACAAUCCAAAACCCCAGUAAUGUUGAUCGUUAUUCUAAACUUCUCUUCCCUUUGAUUUUCAUGUUGGUCAAUGUAUUUUACUGGGCAUACUACAUGUACUUUUGA